AUGUCUAAACACAACGAAGAAGAUGUUGAGAACGCCGAAAGUAGCACACAGACUUUACGGGUGAAAGUUAAUGAAGGUUCGAUCGAAGAGAUCCAAUUGUGUCUGCAGUUUUCGGCCCCUGAGGAAAUCAGCAAAGGCUUGUUGAAGAGCGCCAGUGGGGACAUGCAACGAUUAAGUCUCGGAGAAGCUAAUGGGGGCUUAUAUGAAAGCGACGACCUUUAUGGAGAUGCAGAUGAAAGCGUUUCUAGGACCAUGCAGGGGUUAAAUCGGCCCAGCUUCCAGCCUUCGCGGCGUCUGGGGGACGGCUCAAGGUUCGCGUGUAGCCGGAAGGAAACUACGCAUGACCAAGGAUUUGCUGCUCAUGGCUGUGAAGCGGAAGAGUAUGGCGAUGAAUGCAUUACACAGAUUGCUGCCGAGGAACUCGAAGGGGGCGAUGUGGGGGAUUUUGACUAUAUUGACGAGGAUUCCGCUGCUGAAGAUGAAGACGUCGGUGAUGCGAGAAUGCCCGGUGGCGCAGUGGUGUAA